UGGUGAGGCUAACAGUAUCUGGGCUUCGGUUUGGAUCUACACCAGAGAAGAUGAUGGAAGAGAGCGGGAUUGAAACAACCCCUCCUGUGAGCCCAGCUCCCGUAACGGUCGCGGCUGCAGCCAGAAGUCCACCAACCACUACUGGUGUGUCCAGCCACCUUCCUCUCACUGGGACCAGUUCUGUCUCACCAGCCUCCGUUUCUAUCCCUCCUCCAUAUGUUCAUCCUCUUCCUCCCUUCAGUAGCUCUUUAGCUGCUCCCAGUCCCUCCCAGUUGACUGCCUCUUCUAAAACAUUCCCCACUGGUUCCAGUUUCCCAUCGGUUGAUUCCCCAUCUUUGCCUCAUCUGGCCUCCUCUGUUGGUCCACCUUUAGCAGCUGCUAUGACCGCCACCUCUGGACAGCCACCAAUGACAGGCUUCUCCAGGAGUGCAGGACAUGACAUCACACGUGGUCACGCUGGACGGACGCCUCAGACGCCUCUGAUGCCUACGUUCUCUAACGCCUCUCCGGUGCCAGGUGUUGUGUCCAACAGCAUGGCUCCACAUCCAGCCUUGACAACAGGACAAGAUACAGGAUCUCCAAUAACUUUCCCAGAGGAUGAGGACGACCCCAGAGCCUCUGAAGAGGCUGAAGCUGCAACAGGCAUAUGGGGCUUUUUUAAGGGGGUAGCUGGUAACCCGGUUGUAAAGAAUGUCCUGAAUAAAACCAAACACUCGGUGGAGUCAAUGAUCACUACCCUGGAUCCUGGCAUGGCGCCGUACAUCAAGUCGGGAGGAGACAUUGACAUUGUGGUGGGUUCAGAUAAAGACAUCAAUGUCCAGGCAGUCAGAGAGGCCUUUCAGGAGGUGUUUGGGAUGGCCACCAUCACUGGAGAGCCCAGUCAGUCCAACAUCGCCCCCCAACCAGUGGGCUAUGCAGCUGGACUUAAGGGAGCUCAGGAACGGAUUGACAGCUUGCGUCGGACCGGAGUCGUCCACGAGAAGCAGCCUGUUGUCGCCUUGGAAAGCUUCAUAGCUGAACUCUUUCCAGAGAAGUGGUUCGAUCUUUGCUGUUUGAUGUUGGACGAUCCUGCUCACGCCAUCUGCUUGGAGGUCUUCACUCAGGCCACUCCUCUGGCUCCUGAUCACGUUCAGCAGGCUCAGUCCCGGACCCCUCCUGACUACAGCCUGCGUUGGUCCGGUCUGGCUGUGACGGUGGGGGAGGUCCUGGAGCACGGUCUGCCCAACAUUAACAGGACAGACUGGCAUCAGUCUGUGACGGGGUUGAGCCAACGUCACAUGAUCCAGAGCGCGGCCAAAGCUCUGGCUGGAAUCUACAAACAGAAACUUCCUUCCUGGAUGGAAUGAGGCUGAUGAAGAUAACCGCUAACGUUCCUCUCUUUGUUUUAGAUCCAUUGCUUUGUGCCAACAGAGAUUAUCUCAGUUAAUUUUUAAUUUUUAUGAUUUCAACUCAGUCUUUUGUUGAAGUAUUGUGCUUUGAAAAAGUAAACAAUUGACAAUCAGUAUGUAUUCUAGAUGGGUCACUGUCUAGUAUUUUUAAAGCAUAGUGCCAGUUUUCUGACACUGUCUGCCAUGUAAAUAAAAAUGCUAACCCUUACAAUGAUUUUCAUAAGUUGAUGAAUUGAAAAUAAAUGUACGUUUUCCCAUUUUCCCCUAA